GGCCAAAAAAAACCUCUUAUUCACCGUCUGUUCCACGAAUAUCGAAAAAUACAAUGGGCAUCACCUUCAUUUUUUAGCGGAUUUGGCGUGGUUUUUUUCGGCUCGUUUUUUCCCUUAUUCCGAUGAUUGUUGACUUGUUUUUUUUAUUUUUCAUCAUUUUUAAUAUUUUCACCAGUUGAAGAGGUCGAAGGUCGUCCAGAAUAAGGCAUAUCUUCAAUGAUCUCUGAACCGUCUUUGAAUGCUUUGUAGCACUCACCUUUUCCAACAUUCGCAACAAUUCCGCACACGAAAUUUGAUUGCAGACAAAUUCUUUGUUUGAUAUUUUUUAUCCAUCAUAAGAAACGCAAAGCACUUCUGCGGUGUACCGACUAAGCAGCUGCUAUAAACAAACUGAUUUACAGAUCGCGCUCAUAUUGGAAUUGUAAUUAACUUACUAAUUUAGCAAAAUACAUAUUUCUUAUAAUUAUAAGAGCGUUUCCGAGCUAUUGAACUAAAUUCAGGUCGCCGUAGUCAAUUGAGUACAGUGUUGUUUAAAUUUUUCCUACUUUAUGUCCACGUUCCAAAAGUUAUUUUUUCGUGGUCAUUGAAACAGAGGAUAAGUAUUGUUAAAAAAAUAAAUAAAAAUAGGGUAUUUAUUUCAAAACUUCAAGUUGUUUGAAGUAACGUUCCGUAGAAAUGGUUGAAGUAAGCUUAUUGAGUUUCAAAUAUUUUAUUUAUUCAUAAUAUUCAUAAAAAUCAAUAGAAUAUCAUUCAACAUUCGUAAUAGGUUUGAUGGGUAUAGAUUACGUCAAGAUACUUCCGGUGAAGACGAAUAUAACUUCUCCAUCACGCACUGCAAAAUCCAGGUAUGUUAACGGAAGAUGUGAAAAGAUUCGAUGAGGAUUUGGUGAGAAUGUAAGAGCUCUGUCAAAUCUGCUAAUGAAAAAAUAAUAAAUAAAUGGGGCGUGCUUGAUGAAAAAGUAUUCAAAGCUGAAUCAAUGGUAAAAUGAUGUGAACACCACCACACAAGUGGUUGCAGCAAGUCAUUUUGAAUAUUGCUAUUCUUUCCACUUUUAUCGUGGAAAAUCAACGGUUGCUACAACUUGGGAAUCGCGUGAUGUGAACUCUUUGCUUAAUAAAGUUAGAACAAAUCCAGCCAAGGGUUUUUAAUAAUUUUUUGCAAGUUGUGAUCUUUACUGGAUUUAAGAAGCUGGAAUAUUGGGCAAUCGGAAAACUACGAGAGAAAUAUCCAAGAAGGCAUAUUUUGAAGGGUGAGAAAAAAGCGAAAAAGGUAGUGGAGGUUCACACGACCACAGGUGUCAUAAAAUUAGAAAAAAGUUCACUGUACUGAAUUGCUAGCCAAGGUAAAAUAAGAUAGUAGUCAUUUUCAAACGUGUGGAGCUUACAUGUUGUCAGUGAAAAUGACCUUAUGGAUUAAUUGAUGAUUAGACGUUACAUUAUCUGAUACUAUUUAUGACAGGAAAACCAGAAAUAGUUUUAGUGGUUCAAGAUGGGACACCGAUAACAAAUUUCGGUGUGAUGUACGCCAUGCAGAAGUUCGCUGGUGUGCUAAAGAAAUUUUGUGUUAAGAGACCUUUUUUCGAGAAAUUUUGUUUCUAUGCAACCAUUGUACUCAAUGGGGCACAUCCCCAUAAUUCCUUUAUGUUUUUCUUCCUUUUUAUGGGGUUAUAUCUACCUGUAAUUUUGAAAAAAUCUAAUAUUUUUUCCAUAUUUUGAAUGUUUAUAUAUUCGAGAAUAUUGUAAAUUUCAUAGUAAUCCGGUAAAUAGUUUCGGAGUAAUGAGCGUAUUUGUAAAGACAUCUCCGAGCGUUUGAAAGUAGGCGGAACCGUAAGGCGAUGAUUUCAAAGUCGCUAAGGAAUAUUUCACUUAAACGGCUUGGCCGAUUGACUUGAAAUUUUCAUAGGAUCUUCUUAGAUACUAUUGUUAGGUAAUGAUCGAAAGAAUUAAGUUUAAAUUUUUUAGGUCACUUUAAAGUGUAAAUUUUCGGGCAAAAAAGAUAUUUUUUGUUGGAAAGCCGCCGUUUUGAAUUAAAUCAAAAUUUUGACUAUUUCUUCGAUCAUUAGCUAUACUUAUCUAUCCUUACAGUAAUCCUUUUGGUUUUUUUAUUUCAGAUAAUUUGGAUCAUAGAUAUCAUCCUCACCGCCAAACAUCUUUUUGUGGAGGACUUUCAUGAGAUCUUCUACAGGAACGACGGAACCAAAUAUUUUUAUUAAUGAAAUACAAGCUUCUAUGAAAAAAGGACAUCUCCGGCUGUUCAUCUGAUGGUUCGGAUUCGUUCCUCCUUUGCUUUUACACAGGACACAGACUGGUUCCUUACGACAGACCUUUGCAAAGUGAUAAGCUUCUCCGCAUCUCAUGCAGCAUUUGCUUCUAUGUCUGGAUUCAUACAUGUUUUUGCGAUAUGCCCAAUUCAAAGCAUCGGCAGCAUUUCUUCAAGUUUGCUUUUUUGUGAAUUCUGUAAACUACCCAGCCAAUCUUAAUUUUUCGAGCGCCUAGAAGCUGCCUUGCCCGUUACACUGGGAGUGUUCAUAGUUUUUGAUCAAUAUCUAAAAAACCGAAGCUAGUUCGCACGUAUGUAUAUAUACAGACAGGAGGGCAUGUCUAAAUUAACUCAGAUCGAGGCUGGUCAUUUGUAUACAUAUAUACUUUAUAGGGUUCCCACGUUUCCUUCUGGAUGCUUAAAAUACUCUAAUCAGGGUGUAAGAAAUCUUUUUGUGCCCCUUCUAUUAAUAGAGAAAUUUUCCUUUUUAUGAAGUAUGGUCUCACUCCAGAGAUGGCGGAGUACAUGAUAUUAAUAACCAGUAUGAUAUAAGAGUUCUGAGUCCACUGAAGUGUUGGAAAAAAUUUGAUUCACGUAGGCAUUAGUUGCAACUCAAAACUAGACUUUCUUAAUUUUGUGUUUUUUUAAUACUUAAAAUAAAUUUAUUGUACUGAAAUAUUGUAACUGUGGACAUUUUUCGGAAUACAAUGAACACAUUGUUUAAGCUCCUAUGGAAAUGCUGCGUGCUUAAAUGUUUUUCGGGUAUACCAAACAAUACUCUUAUUAAUUCAGAAAUAUUUAAACGACAAAUUUUCAGUACUUCAGAUUCACCUAUAGAAAAUCAUACAAAUACACUUCAUAAAUAUGCCUUAGGCACGGAACGGUAUAUGCGGUAUAAAGUCAAUCAUAUAGCCAGAAUAAUUUCCGAAAAGUAUCACGGUUACGACCUGAGCAAUUAACAUUGUCACAAUGCCAUACAGAGGUCCCAGUCCAAAAUCUUUAGAACGAUAACGGAUUCACCAUAGCACAUUCGAAAAUAAAACAUUAACAGGGAUCUUGGUACUCUUAUAGUAAAGAAAGAUGCAGAGGACAGCAGAAAACAAUAUAUGGAAAUAUCCAAUCCUUGGUGCAAUUUCAAAUCGUAUCCCAAAAGAAAAAAAGAUAUCUACCAGCCUUCUUAAGAGCAACGUAUUUGCAAAUAGGCUCAAGCACAACCUUGAGCUCGUUAAGUUUUAAAAUGGUUUAAGAUUUCAUUACUUUUUGAUAGACUUUAAAUAUGCAGAUUGAAUAAAUAAAGAAAUGCUUAAAACAAAUGUAAACAAAAAUCAUUGUACGGUUCCGUCCGCUAAUAGCCGGUCCCAUCGUAUUAUUUAUUAAUGUUUACGAAUUUCUUCAGUAAAAAGUACAAACAUUCAGCCGAAAAAAUUUUAUUUUCAGAAAUGUUCUAAUUUUGUUGUUUUUUUGUCAGCUUUUAUUUGGAAUUUCUCUCUUUCACCUCCGAUAUCAUUCACCGAUGUUCUAUUUUAAUUUAUAUUCUAUUUUAAAUUCAGUCCGAUAGAUACUCAUGUCCAGAGUAUGUCGAAGAUCGUGAAGCUGCUCGAAUAUCAAUAAGUGAUUUGAAGUGAAGAAUGCAAAUUUUAUAGUUGCAAGAGCGUCGUUACUAGAGAGUGAGAGAGCGUAUAAUUUAUCUUUAGUUAAGGUCCAACCAAAUUUAUACAACCGACUUACGUUUUUUACCUGCUUCAAGUAGAGUUCGAAAACCAAUAGCAACGCCUAAACAUCUACUAACGAAAAUCCAAAUCUGUGAUUACCAUUUUAAAGGGCACAUGGAUAAUAAUUAAUAAUUAAAUUGCAAGGUGCUUCUGUUAUUUUAAACGCUCAGCAUGGGAGUUGCUGAAGAAUUUGCUCCCAGCUUCGUAAAGAAGCCACAACUUCGCCAAGAGGAUGAUGGCAAUCGGUUAAUUUUUGAAUGUCAGCUGUUUUCGUCCCCUAAGCCUGACAUUGAAUGGUAUCGCAGUGACAAUUUAUUAACAGAAAAUGAAAGAACUAAAUUCAAAACACAACCAAUUGCUGAUAACAAAUUCACAGUUAUAUUAGAACUUGAUGAUGUCAUCGAAUCAGACGCUGGGCUAUACAAAGUUAAAGCAAAAAAUAAAUCAGGAGAGGUUUCAGCAUCAAUAAACUUAAAUUUCCGACAUGGCCAGUUUGAUAUCAGUGAUUCUGAUCGACAAAUCGACGGAUUCGCGCCGACUUUCGCGAAAAAACCCGCUAUCCGACAGGAGGAUGAUGGAAAACGUCUGCUCUUCGAAUGUCGCGUCAAUGCAGAUCCGAUACCAACCAUUAGCUGGUUUCAUAAUGGAAAUCUUGUUAAGGAAUCGUCAAGGCAUAAAAUGACAAUUCUAAAAGAUGUAAAUUCAUACUUUGCUUCCUUAGAAAUUAAAAAUGUUACAGUUGAAGACGCUGGAAAAUACAAAGUAAAUGCAAAAAAUGAGCUCGGUGAGAGCAAUGCCACUAUAAGCCUGAACUUCGACAGCGAUGAAGCACCGGUGCCUGAAGACGGUAUUAAACCGACAUUUACUGAACGUCCAGUUAUACGCCAAAGUGAGGACGGAGGCAAUGUAACCUUUGAAUGCAGAUGUGUCGGAGAUCCAAAGCCAACCGUUACGUGGUUUCAUGGCCAAAAGGAACUCAAGGAAGACGGGAGAUAUAAAGUGUCCUUAUCUUUGGAUCAAAAACUAUACCACAUGGCACGAUUAGAAAUCAGUAGUGUUAUUUCAAGUGAUCAAGGAGAAUAUCGCGCACGUGCGAGAAAUCAGCACGGCGAAGGUGUGGCUACAAUCAACCUAAACUUUGAAAGCGGCUCAAAAAAAAUUCCGGAUGGUAAAUCGCCGCGUUUUCCGAAAAAGCCAACCAUUCGACAAGAGGAAGACAUAUUAAUAAUGGAAUGUAUAUUAGAAGCACAUCCAGUCCCUGACAUAACAUGGCACUGUGCCGAUCAAAAAAUUGAAGAUUCAAAGCGUACAAAGAUGUCAAGAAAGGCAAUUUCUAAAGACAUAUAUGUGUUAACAUUGGAGAUCCAAAACCCCACCAAGGACGAUGGUGGAAAUUACCGUUGCAACGCCGUAAAUGUGUAUGGUGAAAGCAAUGCUAAUAUAGCACUAAAUUUUCAAGGUACCAAUGAUAAUGGAUUUGCACCAUCAUUCAUCGAAAAACCUCGAAUUAUACCAAACGAUUCCGGAACUCUUAUUACGAUGAAAUGCAGAUGCAAAGCAAAACCUGAACCCAAAGUUAGCUGGUACAGAGGAACGCAAUCGAUCAGUGAAAGUAAAAAAAUAAAAAUCAAGUCGACUCUGAUUGCUGAAGACACAUUCGAACUGACAUUAGAGAUCAAGGAUCCUGGUGCUGCUGACGGCGGCACUUAUCGCUGUAAUGUUCAAAAUGAGUACGGAGAGUCUAACGCAAAUCUCAAUUUGAAUAUUGAAGCUGAACCAGAACCCGAAGGCGAAGGUCCCACAUUUGUGGAGAAACCACGCAUAAUUUCCGAAAAUAAGGGAAAACUUGUAAUAAUGGAAUGCAAAGUUAAGGCUGACCCAAAGCCACAUAUAAUUUGGUCACGAAACGGCCAAAUUAUUCAAGAAAGUAGUAAAAUAAAAAUGUUUGUGGACCAACGUGGUGACCAAUACUACAUUAAGCUGGAACUUAUUGAUCCACAAAUAGAAGAUUCCGGUCUCUAUAAAUGCAAUAUCAAAAAUACACUGGGUGAAUUAAAUGCAAACCUGACGUUAAAUAUUGAAAUCGUGCCUGUUAUUAAAGACAAACCAAAAAUUAUCAAAAUCAUUAAAAAACGUUCUGUAGUCAUUGAAUGUACAGUAGCGUCCAAAUUUGAACCAAAAUGUACAUGGUACAAAGAAGAAACGGCGGUGAGAGAGAGCCAACGUCACUUUUACCGUGUCGAACAAACAAAAGAGGGCGAGUUCGCCGUGAAGUUGGAAAUAAAUGAAGUGAUGGAAACUGACAAGGGCUCUUACAAACUAAUAGCUAGCAAUGAAAAAGGAGAGGCAAUUUCCCAAGUAGUUCAACUUAUAGAUAUUCCAGAAGAGGAGCGUAAAUCUACUGUACCAGAGUUAGUUAAAGCUCUUUCAGAUCAGACUGUGGUUGAAUCAAAAUCUUUCGAAUUACAUAUCACAUUGAAACAGAAAGAUCGUAAAUGUAAAAUUGAAUGGUAUAAGGGAAGUAUAUUAAUUCGUGAAACGAAAGAAAUUACAACCACAUUUGAUGGUACAAAUGCACGGCUAACAUUCAGCACAGCACGCCAAGAGCAUUCAAGCACUUACAGAGUGGUAGUCAUCAAUGAGACCGGCAAGGUAGAGUCAACUUGUAAGAUCACCAUCGUGAAGAAGCUUGCUAUGAAAAAAGACACACAACCGGAAACUGAGGAGAAAAUCAAGAAAGGUGAGGAAGAAACUGACAAACCGGAUGAAGGAAAAGAAGAGAAGAAACUAGAAAAUGUAAAGAUUGAAAAAGAAACAAAGCAGAAGGAAAUUGAAAUAAAGAAAAUCGAAGAAGAGGUGAAGAAUGAGGACAAAAAGAUUGCUUCAAAAGAAGAGUCUGACAACCAAAAGAAGUUGGUUGAGUCCAGAAAGGAAAUGACAAAAGAAAAUGAAAAUGAUAAAAAUAUGGACGAAUCACAAAAGGAACCGAAAGAAAAGCGAAAUAAAGUCAUUGAGAAACAAGAAAAACAAAAAGUAGACGAAAUGCAGUCGGCGCCAUCUCAACAGGGACAACCUGAAAUAACAUCUGUAAGGAAAAUAGAUCGCAAGCAACAUGAAGAGUCCAACCAGGAAUUACGUAGAUUGUCUGUUAUGGAGAAGACGGAACUUGAGAAACCUGAAAACAAGAAAAUUGAGGCGAAUAAGAAUCCACAGCAAAUAAAAGAGGAAAUCCCGAAACUUAAGCCCGCUCUAAAACGACAAAUACCAAAGCAAAAACAAGAAGAAAAGACUGUUGUGGAAGAACUGCCAAAAUUACGAAAAACUUCUAUUACUAUAUCUAAGGAGGAACCAAAACCAGAACCGCCUAAGCCUAAAACCAAGGCUAAGGUCAAAGCUAAGCCGAAAUAUGAAGAAUUACCAGAAAUACCGGACUAUGAAAGGCCUGUUUUAGAAAAAUAUGAAAAGUCUGAAUUCGCUGCAAGUGACUUUAGUAGAGAACUUGAUAUACCUACGAAAAUGCAGAAACCGGUAUUAGAUUCAGAGAAAAACGAACCAGAGAAAGGCAUUCUGAAAAGCGGAUCACCGAAGAAAGAAAAGGCCGACCAAGUGUCAGCUGAUGAAUCCACUGGCUUCAAAGUAGGUAAAGGAAAGAUUCCAGAAGAUGAUACUGACGUUGAUUCUCCAAGUUUGCGUCCUGUGAUUAUUGAGCCAGAGACGAAAGUACCUUUUGCUCCUGUUGAGGGUAAUCAAUCUUUCAAGGAGUUCAAACAGCAACGUCGGCGUUCUUCAGUUAAAAAUCUUAUAACCAAAGAACCCAUUGAAAAUUUUUUGAGAGUAGUUUUGAAACCCGUAGUAAAAGAUCCAAAAGAUGAAGAAGUUCCACAGCAAGCUCAGCAGAUGUUAAAGGCAACAAUGAAAGAAGGUACAAUCUUGAUAGCAUCCGAUAAAGUGAAAGUUCAGGUUUUGAAAAAACCUGAAAGUUUACCAACAAUCUUGGAUAACUAUGAAGGUCCCGAAUUAGAGAAAUAUACAAAAAUUGAAUUUGAAAAGAAAGUAAAGGAUAAAAGUGAAAUACAGUUAACGACUAAAAAGGUUAUACCGCAAUUCCAAUCGCCAAUAAAAGAUUCGACAAAGGAUUAA